AUGGCCAGCUUUUCAGCAAUUAUCGCAUUGCUAUCGUUCUGCUUAGUCAACCUAGACUGUGAUGCUUCCCUGCAACGUAGACAACGAAAAACUCAAGUGUUUUCUCCUUUAACCUCUUCCAGGGCCAAUCCGAAGCCCAACAUAAUUUUAAUUCUGACUGACGACCAAGACGUCGAGCUCGGUUCUUUGAAUUUCAUGCCGAAAACCUUGACUAGCAUCCGGGACCAAGGUGCAGAAUUUAGGCACGCCUACGUGACCACUCCCAUGUGCUGUCCUUCGAGGUCAUCGCUGCUGACAGGGAUGUACAUGCACAAUCAUCAGGUUUUUACCAACAACGACAAUUGCUCAAGUGCGCAAUGGCAAGCCACCCACGAAACCAGAUCGUUUGCGACGUAUCUCUCGAAUGCCGGAUAUAGGACGG